AUGGCCCCGCUGGGCGAGGACACGCCGCUGAUCGGGGGCCGCUCCUGCAGCCUCUCCUCGGCCGAGCCCGGCAGGACCGGCACCCUGCGGGUGCUCCUGUACCCCCGGGCGCCCGCCCCCCGCAGCCCCCCCGGCGCCCUCACCUUCAGCGGCGGCGAGUUCACGGCCGAGGAGCUCUGCGUGCGCGCGGCCAAGGCCUGCGGUGUGCUGCCCGUGUGCCACCCGCUCUUCGCCCUGGCCGCGGAGGAUCUGAGCUGCUGGUUCCCCCCCAACCACCUCUUCACUGUGGACGAGUCCUGCAGCCAGGUCGUGGUGUACAGGAUCAGGUUCUUCUUCCCCAACUGGUGUGGACUGGGACAGUCCCACCGCUUCCAGCUGCUGAAUGAUCAGGCCAGCCCCAUCCUGGACUACCCCGUCAUUGAUUACCUGUUUGCCCAGUCCCGCAGUGACUUCAUCGAGGGCCGCGUGGCCGUGGGGCUGAGCCUGCCCACGCAGGAGGAGUGCCUGGGCCUGGCCGUGCUGGACAUGCUGCGCAUCGCCAAGGAGGAGAGGCAGAGCCCCGACCAGGUCUGCAGCCACAUCAGCUACAAGUCGUGCAUCCCGGAGCCGCUGCGGAGCCAGAUCCAGCAGCACAACUUCCUCACCCGCAAGCGCAUCCGGCGCCGCUUCAGCAAAUCCCUGCGGAAGCUCGGGGGCUGCCAGACCGACGGGCCCCACCUGAAGCUCAAGUACCUGCUGGACCUGGAGCGGCUGCAGCGCCGCUGGGCCGAGGAGACUUUCCGUGUCCGCUCCCCCGGGGCCCCCACGUGCAUCACCAUCCACGUGUCCGGGGAGAGCGGCGUGUCCUGGAGCUGCGGCCCCUCCGAGAACCGCCAGCACUUCUGCGACUUCCCCGACAUCGCCGACAUCAGCAUCAAGCAGGCGGGCGGGGAGGGCGAGACCCGGCUCGUCACCCUCACCAAGGCGGACAACCGCGUGCUGGAGGUGGAGUUCCCCACGCUGCGGGAGGCUCGUUCCUUCGUGGCUCUCAUCGACGGCUACUACCGGCUGACGGCGGACUCCCAGCACUACUUCUGCAAGGAGGUGGCCCCGCCCCGGCUCCUGGAGGACGUGGAGAACCAGUGCCACGGGCCCAUCAGCGCCGAGUUUGCCCUGAACAAGCUGAAGGCGGCCGGGAGCCCCCCGGGGCUGUACCUGCUGCGCCGCAGCCCCCAGGACUUCGACAGUUACCUGCUGACCGUCUGCGUGCAGACCCGCUCCGGGCAGGACUACAAGCGGUGCCAGAUCCGCAGGGACGAGGAGGGACACUUCUGGCUGUCGGGGGUGUCACGGAGGUUCUGCAGCCUGCAGGAGCUGCUGGGCACCUACGGGCGCUGGGGGCUGCAGGCUGAGGGGGCCCGGAUGCACCUGGGGGCCUGCUGCCCACCCCGCCCCAAAGAGAAGUCCAACCUGCUGAUUGUUCGGGGCGGGGCCCCCCCUCUCCCCGGCUCCCCCCCAGCCCCCCGGCGCCGCAGCCUCAACCAGAUGAUGUUCCACAAGAUCGACCCCCAGAGCCUGAUGCGGGGCGAGAGCCUCGGCCAGGGCUCCUUCACCCAGAUCUACAAGGGCAUCAAGCGGGACCAGCAGGAGCAGGAGGAGGAGGAGGGGGACGGGCCCCGCCAGACCACAGUGGUGCUCAAGGUCAUGGACAGCAGCCACCGCAACUGCUCCGAGUCGUUCCUGGAGGCAGCCAGCACCAUGAGCCAGCUCUCCCACAAGCACCUGGUCCUGCUGCACGGUGUCAGCCUCGGGAAGGACAGUGUGAUGGUGCAGGAGUACGUCCAGCACGGCCCCCUCGACCUCUACCUGCGGAAGAACCGGGGUGAGGGCUCGGUGACCACCAGCUGGAAGCUGACAGUGGCCAAGCAGUUGGCCUACGCCCUCAACUACCUGGAGGACAAGAAGAUCACCCACGGAAAUGUCUCUGCCAAGAAGGUGCUGCUGGCACGGGAGGGGGACGCGGCCACAGGGACUCCCCCCUUCAUCAAGCUCAACGACCCCGGGGUCAGCGUCACCGUCCUGGCCCCGGACAUGCUGGUGCAGAGGAUCCCCUGGGUGGCCCCCGAGUGCGUCAGGGAUCCCAAGAGCCUGGCGCUGCCCGCUGACAAGUGGAGCUUCGGAGCGACUCUCUGGGAGAUCUUCAGCGGUGGGAACAUGCCCCUGAGCCUGCUGGAGCCCCAGAAGAAGCUGGAAUUCUACCAGAGCCGGCUGCAGCUCCCGGCUCCCAAGUGGCCGGAGCUGGCCACGCUCAUGGCCCAGUGCAUGGAGUACGAGCCCCAGCGCCGGCCCUGCUUCCGCGCCCUCAUCCGCGACCUCAACAGCCUCAUCACCUCCGACUACGAGCUGCUCUCAGACCUGUCCCCCGCGGAUGUGGCGCUCCGGGACAGCCUGUGGGGACACGAACCCCUGGCCGUGAGCCGCGACCCCGAGCACUUCCAGGAGCGGCACCUCAAGUACAUCUCACUGCUGGGAAAGGGUAAUUUUGGGAGCGUGGAGCUGUGCCGCUACGACCCCCUGGGGGACAGCACGGGCGAGCUGGUGGCGGUGAAGAAGCUGCAGCAGGACUCGGCCAAGGAGCUGCGGGAUUUCGAGCGGGAGAUCCAGAUCCUGCACUCGCUGCAGCACGACUUCAUCGUGCGCUACCGGGGUGUCUGCUACAGCCGGGGGUGGCGCGGGCUGCGGCUGGUGAUGGAAUUCCUGCCCAACGGCUGCCUGCGGGAUUACCUGCAGAAGAACCAGCCCCGCCUGGACCACAGGGCGCUGCUCCUCUACGCCUGGCAGAUCUGCAAGGGCAUGGAAUACCUGGGGGCGCAGCGCUGCGUGCACCGGGACCUGGCCAGCAGGAACAUCCUGGUGGAGAGCGAGACCCACGUCAAGAUCGGGGAUUUCGGGCUGGCCAAGCUGCUCCCGCAGGACAAGGACUAUUACGUGGUGCGGGAGCCCGGCCAGAGCCCCGUGUUCUGGUACGCUCCCGAAUCCCUGUCGGACAACGUCUUCUCCUGUGCAUCCGACACCUGGAGCUUCGGGGUCCUGCUCUACGAGCUCUUCACCUACAGCAACAAGAGCAGGAGCCCCUCGGAGGAGUUCCUCAGGAUGAUGGGCACUGGGAAGCCGGCACAGAUCAUCUGCCUCUUGCUGGAGCUCCUCAAGGACAACCGGCGGCUCCCGGUGCCGUCCGGCUGCCCCGCCGAGGUGCGAGGCCUGCCUGGGCUGGGGGGUCCUGUGGGGGGGUUCUGGGGGUCCCUCCCCAGCUCCCCUGAUGGCCUCCCUGUCCCUUGUCCCCAGGUAUACUCGCUGAUGAUGAGCUGCUGGGCCUUCUCCCCCGGUGCCAGGCCCACUUUUGGGGAGCUGUCCCCCAGGAUCGAGGCGCUGCGGGAUGGUCGGAGCAAAGCCCGUGGGUAGAACCCCCUCCCCACAACAAAGCCCCCUCACACUGGCUGGGACCCCCAGACACCCACCUCCCUCCUCAGCACCGUGUGGCCACAGCGACGCUUCAAGGAGCUUUGAGGGGCACAGU